AUGAUACCAAGUCCGAGUGGAGAAGGAGUCGUGGUAGCACAAGAAACCACCCGUAGAAUGUUGGUUCAACGAGGACAAACUGACAACAAGACCAAGCAACAGAUACACGAGCUCGACCGUCGCUCGGCGGCGGUUCAUCACACUGUGAAUGAGCAGAUCGACCAAGUCCGGAAGCAGCAAAGCGAAAUUGCUGCUAGUACGUCCGAAUACCUUCAAACCCGGUACGACCAGCAGUUGAAGCUACAGAAGCAGCGGAAGGAUAUUGAGAAGCAGAUGGAGAAUCAACGCCAGUACCUGCUGCAGCAGCCGAGGCGGCAAUGGGCUGUCAAGAGCGACAGCUUGAAGAUCUUACAGAGGGUGUCCGUCCGCAUAUUGAAGCGCGGUGAAGACUUUUCGCUGGAUCGUACGAAGAAUGAGAAACGGGAGUUUAUGGACAGUUACAUGAUAUACAAGCGGCGCGUCGAUGCAUUGAACCAAGGUGCUAAGACGCGGGUGUUUACCAUGCUGCUAAGUGCGUGUAUUGAACAGGCAACCUUGAUUCGGGUCUGCCGUUUUGAGUUUUCCAAGAACCUGGCGGUAAAACCGCUGGUUAUGAACUUGGAGCUCCACGACACUACAUCUCGACUUUCCAGGCUGUUGGCUGAUUUCUACCAGGUACUUGACGAUCUGAACAUGGAGGAUAUUAUUCACGAGGAUCUCAAAACUGUUGUAGAAUAUCUGUCCAAUGCGCUUAGAUCACAGGACUUAAAGCCAUCGAUUAAGGAAGACUUAGCUCGUCUGGAGUAUAAGCCAGUCAAACGAGACGUACAGAAGAUUCUGGGAUGGCUAAAUCCCCGACUGGAGUAG